GGACCUAAAGGUAAAACCAUAAUGUAGAAUACCACAACCCAGCAUACCCUUCCUCAAAUCCGUUUCUUUCUAUCCCCAUUCUGAAUGAUCUAUUUAUUCAUUCAAUUCCUCGAAUCAAGACAGUCAACGCAAAGAGCGUUUAACAAGGGGUAGUUUGAUUGCAAUUCGAAGUGGUUGAGUGGUGCAAAGUUUAUUGGGCCCCGAUGGUUAAACCAAAUGAGCCGGAUUUCUAUUUACCAAUAAUAAAUCGUUUUCCAAAGAGAGGCUGUCAGCCUGCAUAUCAGCAUAGCCUGCAAAUUAUUUCUAUCGCUUCCUUAGUAAGCAUGUCGGGUGUUGGCGAAGCAAGUCUCGUCCUUGGUAUAAUCUCGUCAAUAAUUGCAAUUAUCGAUGCCACCAAGCAAAUUUACGAUGCUGUUGAAGAUGAAGGAGGUCUCCCGGAAAAUUUCAAGAAGUCAUCGGCAAAACUGCCCCUCAUCUCAAAUCUCCUUAGGGAUGCGGAAAGAUAUGUCGACGACAUGACGAACGAAGUUGAUAAGGCUGCUUUCCUACUUACCUUGGAAGGUUGCAAACUUCAAGCAUCACAGCUCAAAGAAUUAUUUGAGAAGGUUAUACCAGAAGAAGGUGCCUCAAGAAUGGACCGAUAUGUAAAAGCUGCGCGAACAAUCGGGAAAGGCGGCCGAGUAGAGAGUUUAAUGAGUGGAAUUUUGGAUAGUCUACGUCUCUUAACAAUGAAAUUCCCACAAAUCACGAAACCUGGAGACAAAAAGCUGUUGACAGAGGCCAUUGCUGAAGUGCUUGAAAUGGAGCCUUCCUUGCCUGAUAAACUGAAACCGAUAACUUUUAUGCCUUUUGAUCGAAACGAUGGCCUUGUUGAUAGAACUGAAAUUUUCGAAUCCUUGGACCAACUUCUUAGCCCUGCAAUACAAAAUCGAUCAGUCGCAAUCUGGGGUCUUGGUGGAUGUGGCAAAACACAGAUUGCUCUGGAAUACGCCUAUCGCUGUCGAGAUAAAAAUUCGAGUUCCAUUUUUUGGAUUCGUGCCGAUUCUGAAGCCACUUUUGUUCAGGAUUAUAGUGAUCUUGCUAAGAUCGCUAGACUAUCAUCAGAUCUAAAAGCCGAAGACCUACUCGAUGCAGUAAAACAAUGGAUUGAGAAUCAAAAAGAUUGGGUUCUUAUUCUCGAUAAUGCGGAUGAUUUGAGGAUAUUUAAAGAAUCUUAUUCAACUUCCGAAAACAAGCAGGCUCAUGAUCCAAAACUACUACGAUUUAUACCACGGUCCCGAACAGGAAAUAUCAUUUGGACUUCUCGCGAUCGGAGAAUUUGCGGCGAUAUUAUACAUAUCCAGCGAUGCAUUGAGGUAAAAGCUAUGGACAAUGAACAGGCCAUCGAUCUCUUCCGAAACCUAUCUGGGAUACCCGAUUUCACAUCAUCCAAAGAUGAAAAAUCAAUCUUGGAACUUCUUGAGAGUCUUGGAAAUCUUCCACUUGCAAUCGUUCAGGCUGCUUCAUAUAUUAGGAACACUAAAAUAUCCGUUCGGCAAUAUCUAAAAUCUUUUGAGUCUGAGCAGUCGGAUCUCCUAAGCGAGGAAUUUCAAGACGUAUAUCGACCCGACUCGAAUGUACCAAAUGCUGUAAUGCGAACCUGGCAUAUUUCAAUGAAAAAGGUUGCAGAAGAAAGCCCUUGCAGCGAGAGAAUCCUUAAUACUAUUACAUUUUUUAAUAAUAAAGGAAUUCCUUUCAAACUUAUCGAAGAAGCUGCUGGUGCGACUUAUAGCAACCAUGAGAUACUUCUAGCUGCUAGUCGGCUUAGCGAUUACUCAUUACUUCAAGCGCAAAGAGAAGUUGAUGAGGAAUUGCCAACUUACGAACAGCAUCGCUUGGUACACCUUGCAACUCGUCGAGCAUUAUCAGAAGCACAGAUUCUUUUUUUUUCAGGAGAAGCUCUAAAAAUAAUGACAAACUUAUUUCCCGAUGGUACAUAUGGAACUUGGAAUGAUUGUAUUUUAUACUUGCCACAUGUCUUGAAUAUCUUGACGUUGCCACAAGUUGAGGGAUAUAAAAGUCAAGCGCCACUAAUUUUGCAACGUAUAGGUAGGUAUUAUUGGGAACAAGGUCACUCUGAGAAAGCUGAGCAGCUUGAGAUCGAAGUUCUUGUAUUACGAAAAGAGGUCUUGGGAGAAAAGCAUCCAGAUACAAUCACAGCGAUGGCGAAUCUUGCAUCAACCUGGCGGCAGCAAGGUUAUUAUGAGAAAGCCGAAUCACUUGAGAUCGAAGUCCUUGCAUUACAAAAAGAGAUCUUAGGGGGAAAGCAUCCAGAUACAAUCUCAGCGAUGGCGAAUCUUGCAUCAACCUGGUGGCAGCAAGGUCAUUAUGAGAAAGCUGAGCAGCUCCAGAUCGAGGUUCUUGCAUUACAAAAAGAGGUCUUGGGAGAAAAGCAUCCAGAUACAAUCUUUGCGAUGGCGAAUCUUGCAUCAACCUGGCGGCAUCAAGGUCAUUAUGAGAAAGCUGAGCAGCUCCAGAUCGAAGUUCUUGCAUUACAAAAAGAGGUCUUGGGAGAAAAGCAUCCAGAUACAAUCACAGCGAUGGCGAAUCUUGCAUCAACCUGGCGGCAGCAAGGUCAUUAUGAGAAAGCUGAGCAGCUCGAGAUCGAAGUCCUUGCAUUACGAAAAGAGAUCUUGGGAGAAAAGCAUCCAUUUACGAUCUUUGUGAUGGCGAAUCUUGCAUCAACCUGGCGGCAGCAAGGUCAUUAUGAGAAAGCUGAGCAACUUGAGAUCAAAGUUCUUGCAUUACGAAAAGAGAUCUUGGGAGAAAAGCAUCCAGAUACAAUCUUUGCGAUGGCGAAUCUUGCAUCAACCUGGUGGCAGCAAGGUCACUCUGAGAAAGCUGAGCAGCUUGAGAUUGAAGUUCUUGCAUUACGAAAAGAGGUCUUGGGAGAAAAGCAUCCAGAUACAAUCUUGGCGAUGGCGAAUCUUGCAUCAACCUGGUGGCAGCAAGGUCAUUAUGAGAAAGCUGAACAACUUCAGAUCGAAGUUCUUGCAUUACAAAAAGAGGUUAUUGGAGAAAAGCAUCCAGAUACAAUCUUUGCGAUGGCGAAUCUUGCAUCAACCUGGUGGCAGCAAGGUCAUUAUGAGAAAGUUGGACAACUUCAGAUCGAAGUUCUUGCAUUACAAAAAGAGAUCUUGAGGGAAAAGCAUCCAGAUACAAUCACAGCGAUGGCGAAUCUUGCAUCAACCUGGUGGCAGCAAGGUCACUCUGAGAAAGCUGAGCAGCUUGAGAUUGAAGUUCUUUCAUUGCGAAAAGAGAUCUUGGGAGAAAAGCAUCCAGAUACAAUCUUUGCGAUGGCGAAUCUUGCAUCAACCUGGCGGCAUCAAGGUCACUCUGAGAACGCUGAAUCACUUGAGAUCGAAGUUCUUGCAUUACGAAAAGAGAUCUUGGGAGAAAAGCAUCCAGAUACAAUCUUGGCGAUGGCGAAUCUUGCAUUAACUUGGUGGGAUCAAGGUCAUUAUGAGAAAGCUAAACAACUUCAAAUCGAAGUUCUUGUAUUGCGGAAAGAGGUUAUUGGAGAAAAGCAUCCAGAUACAAUCACCGCAAUGACAAAACUUACAGAAAUGAAUCAACAGCAAAUAUACAAUGCCGAAGAAGUAAGAUCAAACAUUACAUUUCCUAGUCGGCUCAAAAAACGGAUCAAAAAUGCGAUUAGAUUUGGAAGGCCAAAGAACCAGAAGACAGGUAAUGAUGUGUUCAACAAGGAACCUGGAUCAGGUUAAUCACGUGCGAUAUGCAUGCAGAAGAGUCAGUGGGUUUACACACUCACAAUCCAAUACGAGGUGGAAGAAGGACUCCUGUUUUCCUCUCUUCUCUUCUUCGGGUUUUAGGUUGGAUACAAAAUCGCGUUAUUCAUCACCUUCUUGGUGUUCCUUACACAUAUCAAACUUCUCAAUACUGUAAUAUAAUAAUGUACCUACAUAAACAAAAGAAAACAAGGUAGAGUCCAUGUAAUAUAUAGAUAUUUAAUUUUUGUACUACCA